AUGAUUUUCUUUUCAGUUGGUGUAAGCGAAGAUCCCAUCUUCUCAUAUCAAGUUGUAGAGCAACAACAGUUUUUCACUGCUGUAGAACUGCUUUUUGCAGUAAAUUAUGUGCGGCCAGUAAUAAUUCUUGGAGCGCUAAAGGACAGAAUCAACGAUGAGCUGGUUACCAGAAAUCCUGAUCGCUUCAGUAGCUGUGUUCCUCAUACUUCAAGACCUCCGCGAGAACACGAGAUUGAUGGCCGAGAUUAUCACUUUGUUUCCAAAGCUCAAAUGGAGCACGAUGUGAAGAACAAUCUUUUCAUCGAAGCGGGCCAGUUCCAGAAUAAUCUUUAUGGAACCAGCAUUGAUAGCGUACGAGUCGUCGCUCAACAAGGCCGGCACUGUAUUUUGGAUGUGAGCGGUAACGCGAUCCGUCGCCUUCAAUCAGUGGCUAAUAUUUAUCCUAUUGCAAUAUUCAUUAAGCCCUCCAGUCAUCAUCAUAUAAUGCAAUUGGACCAUACAAUGAACGAAGAGGAGGCCAUGCAACAAUUCCAGCGGUGUCAGCGAUUAGAGCAAACGUUUGGUGAUCUGUUCACACGUAAGUAUUGUUUGUAUGGUUUUGGUUGCACUGCGACUUAG